AUUAGAGUUUUCAAUAUAUUCAACUUUUGUCUUGAUUUACAGCUCUAAAUAUAACUAGGAUCAAAUCACGACCAGGCACCAGAGCUCAGCCUCUCCAAAAAAGGUCGUGUUUGGACGUGUGUGGUUUGAAAGUGUUUGGCUUGAUGUUACAAAUAGUGUCACAUUUCGGGUGCUGGGAUAUUUAGGUACAAAAUACACCAGUAUUUGUUUAUAUUUCCCACCAUUUUGUUUCGGGUCUGUGAAGCGCUAGAAAGCAUGGAUCGCCUACAGUGGCGCCGGCUCCCCUCCCCGCGGCACGCACCCUCCUCCGCUGCUCCGACGGGGAGGGGCCGCUGCCGGCUGCAGGCCGCGACACCGCGACUCCGCGGCGGCGGCGGCGGCGGCGACCCUUUGUUCGCGGCCUAUGCAAAUCGAGCGGCCCUUUUGCGCCACCGCUCACCAUUACCCAUUUACGCCUAUCAUCGGUUUUGUUUUUCAACCGUUCAUGCCUGCUCGUCAGUCGUCACUAUGUUUUGUUUUGCCGAGUUGCAGAGUUGUUCCGGGUACUGGGGAAGGGAGGGGAGGGGGGGGGACUGCACAUCGACCGGCGGCCCGUGUUGUCCCUGUAACCCUGGUGACCCCCACUGACGUCAUCAGUCUGGAACGCCGCGCCGCCGACUCACUGAACACGAUCGAUUCUGCCGACACACCGACUCGGGGUGUUGAUGUUCGACGCAGUUCCAGACCGGGACAAAGGGCCGACGGAGGAGCCGGAGCCGCACGAGCUGCACUGCGUCCACCGGCCGGGUCAGUGGACAGAGCGGGUGGUCCAACAGUGUGUGGACGGUACUGAGCCCUGUCCACCGGAGCCGACCACGGCGGAGGCGGCGAAUAUCAGCACAAAUGACUACUAUUCCAAGUCAACUUCGUGGUGCCAUCAUCAGGGUGGACCCAAACAGUGUCAUCCUUCCGGCCGGAGUCGGUGACAGCGAGCUGACGGAGCUGCGGAGCUCACGGGAAACUGUGGAGCGGCUGUCAGUCGCCGCCGCCGACCUCCCGCUACUGAGGGGGCAGCUGCCGGAGGGCCUCACGCGCCUCAAUGUCAGAGGGCCGGAGGUGACGGAGCCGAGGUGGCCGGAACGGUUCUGGUUGUGUGAUGAUCUGUCAGUGUCGCUCCAGGGGGUGGCUGCCGACACCAUCAGUCACCUGGCUGACCUGGGACGGACGGUCAUACGACUGUAUUUAUACGACUCUCCUGAUCUCACGACCGGCAGCCUGGAGCCCCUCACCAGGUGCCCUGAGCUGUAUGAUCUCACCCUGUCCGGCGGCGUCCCUGACACCGUGAGCCUGGAGCCCCUCACCAGGUGCCCUAAGCUGCUCAGUCUCACCCUGUCCGGCGGCGUCCCUGACGCCGUGCUGGACAGUCUCAGCGGCUGCCCCGGGCUGAAGUUCCUUACACUGGGGGACCGCCAGCGGCCGGCAGAGACGGCCCUCACAGCAGCAGGGGUCAGCAGACUGGUGAAGUCGUGUCGGCAGCUGUGGUGGCUGUACCUUCACUGCACGGCAGACACCGGCCAGGCCGUGCUGACCGCCCUGAAGGAGGCGGACCUGGGCCGGGACAGGGAUGGCGAGCCCCGUACCAUCCGUCUCUUUGUCCCCGGGGAGCUGUGCCGUCAGCUGAAGAGCCAGGAAGGCCGUUGGGUCAAAGUGUGGGAGUGGAAGUAUUGAUGCGCUGCACUACCGACCGUGCAGUGAUGAGCUGACUGCAGAGAGGCCGAGCCAGUCGGCCGGGGCCGCCAGCUGACUGCUGCCGUGUGGGCUGCACCAGCCGGCACUGAGAGCGGCGCCGGUCAGCCGGCACACGGCCCCCGUGUCCGCUCUAGUGUAGUCAUGUAGUUGUAGUGGUAGUAGUGUUGAUGUAGUAGUAGCACACAGAUGUGAUGUAGUGGGUAACUACCGGGUGGGUAUUGUGGGUAAUUGGACGGUAGAUGUGAUGUAGUGGGUAAUUACCGAGUGAGUAAUGUGGUUAAUUGGACGGGAGAUGUGAUGAAGUGGGAAAAUAUCGGGCGGGUAUUGUGGGUAAUUGGACAGUGAAAAGUGAUGUGCUGGAGAGACUACCGAUCAUUUCAUUACGCUAUUCUGUAUGUAGAACACACGUCUCUGACGGUCCGACUCGGUUCACCGCGCCUGGUCCCGGCGGCACGGCCGGCCUCGGUCACGUGACCGUCCCCCGGUGGAGUCGGACGGCUCGGUCACGUGACCGUCCCCCCCGGGUCUGGCUGCACCUCGGCUCGGCGGUGCUGAGCGCCGUGCUGAGCGUGUUGUGACACGUCCCACACGGACAGCUCUACUCGACUACUGGCUAGCUGCCGUCCGAGCUGGCAGUAUCCACGCGGUGCCAGUUCAGACGGCGGCCGGCCGCGCCGCGCCCGCCCGCUCCGGUCCCGGCCGGCGGCCGUCACCCGGCCCGGGGCGGUGACCAUUGGUCAGUCAGCUGGCCAUUGGUCAGUCAGCUGACCAUUGGUCCAUCAGCUGAUUGGUCCGUCAGCUGAUUGGUCCGUCAGCUGACCACUGGUCAGUCAGAUGAGUGGUCCGUCAGCUGCUUGAUCCGUCAGCUGAUUGGUCCGUCAGCUGGUUGGUCCGUCAGCUGAUUGGUCAGUCAGCUGAUUGGUCAGUCAGCUGAUUGGUUCGUCAGGAGACGCUUCAGCUGUACCAUCUGUAGCCUAGGGCAAUUAGUUACCGGGUUAGUAUUGUGGGUAAUUGGGUGAAGUGAUGCGAUGUAGUGGGUAAUUACCGGUGGGGUAUUGUGGAUAAUGUAACCCUGGGUAUGAUAUAGCCGGCUAUCCGACGGUCGGAUAUAGCCAGCUGGAUGCUACUGAAUUGUGUAGAGCUCUGACGGCACCGGUCAUAACGAGUGUCCUCGCGUCUGUCCGACUCGGUUCACGGAAGCACGCCGUCACGGCCCGGGUGCGCGCCGCCAUGUUUUGUGUCCUCUGCUUCGUACAGGGGGUAAUUGGGCUACCGACCGACUGGGAGUCGGAGUCGGAGUCCGUGUCGAUCAAGCUGCCUUGACUCCGACUCCGGAACGGCUUUUUAGAUUUUAGUUAUCACUUGGCCAUGCUACUGAUAAUCGGCUGCGCUUUGACUAAUACAUUUUACACAUG